UGCACGUGCAUCAUAUGAGCUAAUGGUUACUGUUAUCAAUCCUCCGUUUCUUUCGCACGCGUAUAAUUGCCUUGUUCCACCCGUUAAAUUCCCAUACAAUUCCAUCACCAUCCCGACCAUUUACGAUCAUACCUUCUGUUAGCCGGAAUCGAGAAUUCCGGUGAAUUUCCAGCAUGCCUUUAGGCGAGUCCUUCGUGCUACCACUCAUUCCUCAACCGCCGGAAAAAUUCCCUUUCGGACUCAAAGAGGAGUCCGAUUUUGAUCAAAUCGUCUCUCCUGAUGGUCUUGUCUCCAUCUGCGGUUUCGGUUCUCUUCUCUCCGGUCCGUUAGAUCAGACCAAUUGAAGAGGAGCGCGAGGAGUACAUUUCCGUACUUGAUAAACUUCAGAAUGACGAAAUUGAGUGGCUUUCGGAGAGUUUUUGCUCAUGUUGCUCCGAUUUUCUUUGAGCAUGGCAUUGCUAAACCUGAAACCAAGGAGAUAUCAAGCUUGAGUGUGGAGCCAUGUGAAGGUGAAACCCUUGUAGUUACCACUUUUGAGAUUCAGAGAUCAGAGAUACCAGCCUUUAUUGAAAGGGAGCAUGAGUUCGAGUUUUUAGCAGUGAUACCAGAAACGUUUAAUGGGUUGUUUUAUACGACUCCAGCGGUAUUAUGCGCACGUUACAGUGAUAAAGAGUAUUUUGAAAACAAAUGCAAAGGAAGCAAAGAGAUUUUCUUUCAGCGGUAUGGACGAUAUGGCAUAGACAAGAUUUGGGCAGACAAUAUCUUACCUUGUCGAGUUUAUCUCAGGCACUGUGUCUUGGCAGCAAAGAACCUUGGUGAUCUGGCCUACAAUAACUUCUUGGAUCAUACUUUUCUUGGGGACCGUAAAACGACCAUUCGUGAGUACUUGGCUACUACCGGUUCGGGCAUAAUGGAAGAGGAGCCUCCUGAACUGCUAAAGUACCAUUAUGGCGGUUGACAAUAACUAGCUCUAGAGUAGCACUAUUUAUAUUUGGCACAACUCUAGGUUGAAUGGAGAAUGAAUGAGCAGAAAUGCAGAAAUCUCUUGUAAUAACAGUUAGCUUUGCUUAGAUAAAAUUCUAUAGGUAUCUAUCGUCAAUUUAUUUAACCCUGAUAGUUUCUGAAUGAGAGAUCAACCUGUGAUUUCAAGUUAUUCGUGAUCA